GAGGGAGAAGGAGAUGCACUUGGAAUGAAUUCAGCCAGCGCUACCCGCAACCCCAUCACAAAUUAAAUAGACAGAGAGAGAGAGAGAGAGAGAGAAUAACAUCAGUUGAACGACGGGCAGCUGCGAUUUUGCUUGUCGAUUUCCAUUGAAGAGUUAAUAGGAAGCUGCAAUUUCAGCGCACACACACACACACAGAGGGAGAGGCCGUGAGAUGGAGCUGCUAUCAACACCCCACAACAUCAAGAUCACCAGCAUCACCUGCGACUCCUUCAAGAUCUGCUGGGAGACCGAUGUGAAGGACAGGGAGCGCAUCACACACUACUUUGUGGACCUCAACAAGAAGGAGAACAAGGACUCCAAUAAAUUCAAGCACAGGGAUGUGCCCACCAAGUUGGUGGCCAAGGCUGUGGCUCUGCCGAUGACUGUCCGUGGCCACUGGUUCCUGAGCCCCCGCACUGAGUACAGCGUGGCUGUACAGACCGCCGUCAAACAGAGCGACGGGGAAUACCUGGUGUCCGACUGGAGUGAGGUGGUGGAAUUCUGCACCGGAGAUUAUUCCACCGCCCACCUGAAGCAGUUGUUGGAGAAGGCAGAGGUGAUCGCGGGUCGGAUGCUGAGGUUCUCUCUCUUCUAUCGCAACCAUAACCAGGAAUACUUCGAAUACAUAAGGUCCCACCAUGACGGAGUGAUGCAGCCUUACCUGAAGGACAGCAGCGGCAGCCACGGCUCCCCAGUCAACGGGAUGCUGCACGGGAUCUUCUUCAGCUGCAACACCGAGUUCAACACGGGCGAGCCGCAGCUGGACUCGCCCUACGGCCGGCUGCACUUCCAGGUGGAGGCCGAGCAGCUCUUCAACCCCAACACCAACCUGUACUUUGCCGACUUCUACUGCAUGUACACCGCCUACCACUAUGCCAUCCUGGUGCUGUCACCCAAGGGCUCGGCCGGAGACCUCUUCUGCCGCGACCGGCUGCCGCUGCUGGACAGCGCCCACAACCCCUUCCUCACCUGCGUUCAAGGCCCAGACGGGCAGCUGGUCUACCACCACGCCCAGGACCUCAUCUUGGAACUGAUCUACACCCAGCCCCUCAGCCUGGCUCUGGGCACUCUGGGCGAGAUCGGAGGUCACCAGAUCAUGAGUCUCUCCACUGCCAAUGCCAAGAAGGACCCCAGCUGCAAGACCUGCAACAUCAGUGUCGGCCGUUAG